UUGAUGUAACUUGAACAUAACCAAGAAAAAAGUUGUAAAGAAAAAUAUUUAUUGUUUAUGAAGUGGAAUAAUAUGUUUUUGAUAUAUAAUGAAAAGCUCGAUGAACGUUUCUACAUGAGAUGGAGCAUUUUCCAAAUAGAGAAUAUAUUAUGGUAGCUCCUGGAGUAAACACUGUAGCGGUGCUUCUAAAUAUAGGAUUUAUUUUUAGGUUGGAGCUAGCCAUAGUUUGAAUCAAGAAUUUGAUCUAAAACUGCAUUUCUAGACGGUUUUGUAAUAGUGAUAAAAAUGGCAAAUGACUUAAUAAUAAGAGGCAAGGAUAGAUUGCAAGAAAUUAGCAUGAAAUUAGAGCAAAGCCAUUUGGUUUAUCUACAAACAGACGAUAGUCCUUUAAAAUUACAACAGCGUCAUAAACUUGAAGGUUUUAUUAAAGAGAAUCUUUGCCUUGUUCCAAAUGAAAAUAAAUAUGUAUUUCAAGAAACCGCAGAUAUAUUACACAGAUCAGCAGCCACAUUGCAAGAUUUUAGUGGAUAUAGAGCUGCAACUGCCUGGAGUGCUAUUUCUUUAUAUGCUGCAAAUCUUUUGGCUCAGCCUUGGAGAAGAGAAUAUAGAACAUUAAAGACUUAUAGUGGAUAUUAUAAGCAUGAAGUAGAAGCAAAUUUAAUAGGAGCAGAAUUAAUGUUUGAACAAAUGGGAUACAAACAUACAGGGUUAGGAGUGCUUACUUUGGAGGGUCCUAUUGACCCUGAUAAAGUAUCUUGUGUAAGCAGAGAUGCAAUAGUUGCUUUUGUUGAAUGUCAGAUCUUGAAGCAAAUAUGGGAGAAUGUUUCACAGAAUUAUAGUAUCUCGUGGUUAGAAGUAUUAGAAUUUCGGGAAAAUCAUGUUGGUACACCAGAACAAGCAAUCAGAGCAUUGAACUAUCGUUUUCUUGAGAAAAUGCAUCAAACUCGAACAAAAGCGGAGAAUUAUAGGGAUUAUCAUUAUCCGCAAACUACAUGUGUGGAUGCGGUAUCACCAUCAAUUCCUUAUCACAUUAUGCCUCCCAGUUACAAUACAUCAAUGCCUGCUUGUCAUUCAGAAUACAGGUAUAUCGAAGAUACAAAUUCAAUACCUGGAACUUACAAAUAUUUCCAACCAGUAGAUCACAGUUUUGGAAAUCGAUGUAGUGCCUAUGGAUGUUUACCACAUGGUAAUAAAUAUAUGAGUGGAGUCAAUCCGUAUUAUACUACAAUGCCAGGAUAUACAAGAGUACCAACGGGUAGACUAAUUGAAGUUGAUAUGCCGGUUUCAGUUGCAAAUUAUGAUAAAUUACAUAAUCGAAAGAUAUCUCAUAGAAUAUCAGAUUUGGAGGAAGUAGAUUUUUAUAGAAGACAAUCUAGUGAUGGAAACCAUUAUGAUUACGGAAAAAUCGAUAGAAAAUCUGCAAAAUCGGUCGGUGAAAGGAACAAUUAUGACUCUUGGGACUUUGUGUAUAGGAAUUUAGAAAGUUUAGGCUAUUCUAAAGAUCUUGGUAAUCGAGAAGAUAUUUUACACAAACGGGAAUGCGAGUCCCGAUUGAGUAAACAAAAAUCUUUUAAACAAAAUGAUAACGAUGAGAAACAUAGUAUACAUCGCUCUGAAAAAAGGAGGAGUGGAAGAACCGAUGUGAAUGACAUCGAUUCGUCUAUGACAAAUGGUCGACAUCAUCAUCACGAUACAUUACCCUUCAAAAAGAAGUCUUCUUCCUUCGAUUUAAUGGACUCGAAUAGAUAUCACGAUGCAUCUUCAGAAAGUCAAUCAUCUCCUCAUAGUAAUGAAAAAAGACAUGGUAGUCAGACGCUUCCAAUUCAACGUUCACAUCGAUCGGCGGAUCAAAUUGUAAAAAUCGCGGAUACGUUGAAGAACUUAGAGCUUUCUCACUCGGAAAAAGGAAAUGAAACAGAAGACAAAGCUGUGAAUUGGAAUUGUGCUACUUGCACCUAUCUUAAUUGUUCAUCAAAGGAAAUUUGUGAGAUGUGUGGAAAGUCUAGGCAUAAAGGAAACGAGGAUAAACCAUUAGCAAGUGGUGGAAAAGAAUGCCCACGAUGUACAUUAGUAAACGAGAAAAAUGUCUCGGUCUGUGAUGCUUGUGGUAUCAGUUUAAAAGAUUCACCUACUUAUAUUUAGAUAUUUAACUGUUCGAAACAAAUAUCAUAUUCCAUUGUUUUCCAUGUGUCUGAAAUUU